AUGAUUGCAGGCGCACAGUUAUGUGAGAUUGAUGCCGUCAAACAUACCGUUGAAGGUGGUCGACCUUCUGUCGAUUUCUUACUCAACCAUGGUGUGCAGUUUACAUUAGAUGAAGAUGAACAAUUACAUCUGACCCGUGAAGGUGGACAUUCACAACGUCGCAUUAUUCAUUCAGCCGAUGCCACAGGACAUAAACAACAGUCCAAUCGUGCGGUGGGUCUUUACGCACUUGAUGAAAACAACGAAAAAAUAUUGCCACAGGCGAUGGUAUUGCCAUGGCAUAUCGCGCAGGCUGUCGUGUCGCAAAUAUGGAAUUUAAUCAAUUCCAUCCAACCUGUUUAUAUCAUCCUCAAGCACGCUCAUUUCUGA